AUGUCGUAUGUGUUCUCGCUAGUGCUCGCAACCCUCUUGAUCUCCGUCCAGGCGCGAACGGAUAUCGCCUUGCAGCUGUAUGACAACUCGGCCAUCAGUAAGCCGACGGCGCCUACCAGCCUUAACAAGGCCCUUGAGGGUCUCGUUGGCGAUGUCAAUAACUUCACCAGCUUCGAUACAAAUGUCCAACGUGCCAUGCUAUGGAGCGCCGGCUUGGUGCGGGCCAUUCCCGAGUCUGACGACUCGACGGCCGACUACGUGCAAGUCUACGUGCUGUGUGGACGCACCAUGAGCGACGUGUUCCUGUCCGCAGAGACUUUUGAUAACACCACGAGAUGUGCAAUCAAGGAGUGCAAGAGCAACGUCAUCAGUUUUACCGAAUCGGACUGCGAGCCGAGCUACGUCGAGUCCAAAGCACUGUGUGCGCUGAGUCCGGGUGCCGCAGGAUCGAGCUUCGGCACGCUCAAGACGAAGACAGGACCGCUGUGGUCCGUGGACGGACAACUCGACGAAUCCUUUGACCCGCAGAUUUUUCAGUACGACAGCAGCUCGACAACUGACAGUGAGACGAUGUAUCUGCUGGCACAGAAGAGCUCGUGGACUAUGGACGAUGAUACGUGUCCUAAUGGCGCUCAGUUUAUCGUUCCUUGCAGGGAGGUGACAGCUAGCGAAGUGCAAGAAGACGCACAGCAACGCACGUGGUGCGAACCUGAGAUCGAUCUCGGAGUUAAACUCUGGGUCAGUGAAGCAUACGCGGCCAGUUUAUCCAGUAGCGAUGACUCGGGCUCGAAGGUUUCUUCCUCCGUCGCCAUUAUUCUGGGAGUGCUGCUGGGCAUUUGCAUCGUGGCCGCAAUCGUGUUUUUCAUCAUGUGGCGUCACUCGAGGAGCUUUUCCAACAAAGACGGUCUCACUGACAACGAGCACAACACGUUCUUCAUGCACGCGCAUUCAUUCCGCGACCAGCCGCAACAAGGCGGCAAUGCUUCCGGGCAAUAUGUGUCGAACAAUGGACCGCACCCACCCUACGAAAACGCCAUGCAAAUUGAGGCAAUCAAUGAAAGUUUCCGUAUGCGGUCACCGGAACUGGCCGCCUUCUGCGACGACCAGGAGCUGAUGCUGAAACGUAUUGCCUUUGCUGGAGUUGUGUACCGUGAAAAAAUGUCGAGUGGGCCGAAUGGUGAGGUCUGGCGCGGAGAAUACGAAGGGCAGCAGGUUGCCAUUAAGUGCACUGUUGCUGCCGCUGUUGCCAGUUCCGCCGCUGCGAACAACAGUCGCUCUUCGGCGAUGAACGCUUCUGCUCUCCUUGGCGACAAGGAGCUCAAGGCGCUCGUGGACUUUACGAAGGAGAUCCGCAUGGCUGCCUUCUUGGACCACCCGAAUAUUGUCCGCUUUGUGGGUCUUUCAUGGCGCACUUUGCCAGAUUUGUGCAUGGUUUCCGAGUAUGUUGCGCUUGGCGACCUGGCGCACUUCCUGGCGCAGCAGGACAGCAAGUAUCUCACCUGGAAAGAGGACAAGUUGCCCAUUGCGGCGGAUAUUUCCAACGCUCUCGUGUAUUUGCACUCACUGUCACCCAUCGUGUUGCACCGAGAUCUCAAGUCACUCAAUGUGCUCUUGACUGAAGAUCUCCAAGCCAAGGUGAGCGAUUUCGGGCUGAGUCGGGAGACAAGCUUUGACGAAACCAUGACUAGCGGGGUGGGCACUCUCCUCUGGACAGCGCCCGAGGUGCUACGAGGCGAACGGUACUCGGAGAAGGCCGACAUCUAUUCGUUCGGUGUCGUUCUUGCCGAGCUGGACACGUGUAUGCCUCCAUACGCCUACAGCCAAGGCAGGAAGAACAAGGGCAAGAACGACAUGGACUGGGUGCCGCUCAUUGCCAGCGGCCGUGCGUCCCCUCCAUUCCGGCCUGACUGCCCACGAGCGCUCCGCGACCUCGCAGCGCAGUGUCUGGACCAGGACCCGAACAAGCGCCCACCGGCCAUGCAGAUCGUCUACUUACUUCGGUCCAAGAUCCCGCACAUGCUGUAA